GCCUUUAAGAGGAACGUUGAGGGAGGAAGUGAAGACAACUAACUUUCGUUUCCCUCGUGAAACUUAUGCUUUUAUUUAUACCUGAAAGAGGAACCGACCGAGCCCCUGAGAGUCAGAGUGAAGAGUCUGCGGGGACAGUGGUGGACACAGUGUCUGUGUCUCUCUGCCAUUCUCUGACGGACAGACGGGUUUUUCCCCCACUGGAACCCACGGAGAGAAACCCGCGCUGCAGACAUGAUGGAUGGAACUGAUGUAGAGGAGAAGCUAGAUGAUGCUGAUUUUAUAGCACCACUGAAUGGUGACAUCAAUGAACUGCUAGAUGUGGGACAAGAGGGAAACAUUCAGGGCCAGAUGGAGGAGUUUUUGGGUCCACAUUCAGAGUACAAUGAGGAGGAGGAGGAGAGGAAGUACUACAGGAGGAAGAGGCUGGGAGUCAUCAAGAAUGUUGUUGCGGCCAGUGUUGGAGCCAUGAUUGUGUAUAGUGUGUAUAUGGGCCUCCUACAAAUGCAGCUGAUCCUUCAUUACGACAUGACGUACCGGGAGGUAAAGUACAGUAACCUCGGCCUGGAGGACAUCGACCGUAAGAUCUUAAUGGGCAUUAAUGUGACACCCAUUAUAGGCCUGCUGUACACACCUGUCCUUAUCAGGUUUUUAGGUACUAAGUGGAUGAUGUUCCUGGCUUCAGGAAUCUACGCACUCUUUGUCUCAACUAAUUACUGGGAGCGUUACUACACACUGGUUCCGUCAGCCGUAGCCAUCGGCGUGGUCAUCGUGCCGUUCUGGGCCUCUUUGGGCAAUUACAUUACUCGGAUGGCGCAGCAGUAUUACGAGUACGUCAACUACAAGGAAGAACAUGUGCAGGAGCAGAAGAAGCUUCCUAAAGGAGUUUGUCAUCGUUACAUCAUUGUCUUCCAGUCAGUCUUUCACAUCAUCUUUCAACUGAGUUUUGUCUUUGCCGAGUUCCCCAUGCGGCUCGUCCUCAACAACACCAACCUCAAUGACAACAAACACAUUCUCAGCAACGUCAAAGUCUGUGGUGCAGCGGUUAGUGGUUUGAUCCCUGGCUUCAACAACACUGUGCUAAGCAGACUGCCCCGUUCCAUGCUGCUCAUCCAGGUGGAGAGUAUCCUCAUGGGCUUCGCCUUCCUGGCCAUGGUCAUUUUUCUUGUCUUGUGCGGCGCCGCCUACCGACCAACAGAAGAGAUCGACCUCCGGAGCAUCGGCUGGGGAAACAUCUUCCAGCUGCCUUUUAAACACCUGAGAGAUUACAGGCUGCGACUGCUCUGUCCCUUUUUCAUCUACAGUGGCUUUGAAACGAUGUUUGCCAUCAGCGGAUUCUCUCUGUCCUAUGGUGUCUGUAUUUUGGGCCUGGAUAAGCUGUGGCUCCUUAUCGUCGUCUACGGCCUCUCCAGCUCCAUCUUCUCCUCGCUCUCCCUCUGCCUCCUACGCCUCCCACGCUGGCUGUGUCUGGUGAGCGGUGCCUUUGUGCACUUUGUGUUGCUGGUGGCUCUCCAAGUCUUCUCUCUACAGCGUGAGAGUGACAAGUCGUAUUCGGAGUAUCUGGGCCCUCUGCUGGUCAUUUCCAUACUGUGGGGUCUCGGCACUGCCCUGAACAAGACGGGCAUCAGCACUCUGCUCGGUAUUCUGUAUGCUGAGGAAAAGGAACGCCUGGAUUUUGUGUACACCAUCUAUCACUGGUUCCAGGCCAUCGCCAUCUUCGUCGUCUACCUGUGGUCCUCCCUGCCUAUGAGGGCCAAACUCUCCAUCCUUAUGGCUAUUUUACUCUUGUCCUGCUACUGCUACUGGGUGAUGGAGCGCCGGCUGGCCAGGGAUGUACGUCCAAGACUGCCUCGUAUCCCUCGACCACGACACAAGGUCAAAGGUUACCGCUACCUGGAAGACGACAACUCGGAUGAGUCGGACUCUGAGAAAAGUGAGGAGGAAGUGGAGAUAGAGGAAGAGCAUGUGGAGGAAGAGAUGGACAGGGAAGAAAGGGGCCAAAAUGGAGGGGCCCAGGGAGUUGACUUACCCAGGGCCAGGAGGAGAGGAGCACAGGGUCACUGGCACAAUUUGGAGGACAAUUAUGAUGGAGAUGGAGAGGAAGGAGAAGGAGGGGCGUGAACACGGAAACUCAACUUUCCCGGUACAAUCUUUUGUAAACACAGCAUUGUUUCAAGAAAUGGCUUCAUGCACACAAACCCCCCUAAAACAAUUUAAAACGCUGUAGUACAUAUGCCUGGCCUAUAUGUGGCGCUGUAAAUGAUAACCCUGAAUAUAAAGCUUGCAGGGUUAAGGGUUAAGGUAUAGAGAUGAGGCUGUGGCUUGUGUAUUUGUUGCAUCUCUGAUCUUUCUCUCUCUCAGCCAAUCAUUUAGUUCUCAAUGUUUAUGUAAAUUACUAAAGCUACAAAGAUAUGUGUCACAGUUUUCCAUUAGAUAAUAAUGUAUAUUUUGUUGCAUAGUGUACUUAUAUUAGACAAAAUGUUUCCAACUCUCUUUAAAUCCAUAUUUAAAUUCCUGCUGUAAACUCCAGGUCAAAAAUCCUCUGAAACGCCACGAGUUAACCUUUUCUUUUUUCUUUUAUUUUAUUGUGCCACUAAUGAAUCACGAUGUCUCUGGCCUUCUGUUCAUUAAAAAAAGAUAAUGGAAGAAAAUGCAGUGAAACAUUUAGUUAUGGAUCAUUAAAUACUCAUUUAAUGUUUCAAAGGAAAAUUUUAAAGAUAAUUUAAAAAAUAUAUAUUUUCUUGUAAAAAUGUUUGAAUUAUGGCAUCUGUCAUUGGCUGACAGUGUUUAUGAAAUGGCAAAAUCCUAUGUUUUCCUUAUAGUUUCUGCUGUUUUGCACAUAAUUUAGUUGGAGCUUUAGUUCUUUUUGUCUUUCUGACUUUUUAUUCAGGUAAAAAUAAUAAUAAUAAUAAUAAUAAUAACAAUAAAUACCAGCCUAUGAAUUAUGACACUUUCUCCGUAAUUGUGGUCGUUCAAUAUAUAUAUAUGAACGAUCAGACCACCAGAUGUUGUGUACCUGUACACUAUACUAUAUAGACUGACAUUAGUUUAGUUUAGCUUUCCAUUUAAACCUAAACCCAAAUAAUUUCUCAUUCUCUUUAAAUUAAGCUUUUAUCUCAGAUUUGACUUUUAUUUUUGAAUCUUUUUUGUUUUAUUUGCUUUGAUGUGACGUUCACC